AUGGCAGCCGCGAUUACGGCUCCAUGGAACUACACGCUUAUUCGCUUUUUCAUUGGUUGCGCUGGCGCCACAUUCGUGACAAAUCAGUUCUGGUGCUCGCUGAUGUUUGCGCCCAACGUUGUCGGCACGGCCAACGCCACCGCGGCCGGUUGGGGCAACCUGGGAGGUGGCGUGACCCAGAUUUUUAUGAUGUCAGUACUUUUCAAUCCUAUGGUGGCCUCCGGAAUGGAGCCGAAUGUCGCUUGGCGUGUCUCCAUGGUGGUGCCAGCGGUCAUGUUCGUGGUUUGUGCCAUCUGCAUGAAGCUCAUGUGCUGGGAUAUGCCUACGGCACGCAACUUCGAUCCGAAAGUGACCGGCAAGACACAAAAGCCUUCGAUGUGGGACUAUGUCGAGGUGCUGCGCGACGUUCGUGUCGUAGUCAUGAUCUUCCAAUAUUCCGCAUGCUUCGGCACAGAGCUCGCAAUGAACAACCAGUUGGCCACACAUUUUCGGACAUACUUCCAGAUGGAUGCAGGUGAUGCCAGCGCCCUGGCGGGUGCUUUCGGCCUGAUGAAUCUUUUCGCAAGAUCUCUGGGAGGCAUCAGCAGCGACAUUUGCUACAAGUACUUCGGCUUCCGCGGCCGCAUUUGGGCGCAGUUCCUGGCACUCUUCUUCGAAGCUAUCUUCCUUUUCAGCUUCGGCAAAGUGGACAAUUCCCAACCUUGGUAUGUGGCCUUGGCAGUCUUGGUUUGCUUCUCGCUCUUUGUGCAGAUGGCGGAGGGCACCUCCUACGGCAUCGUGCCUUUUAUGAACAGGAAGCAGCUUGCUGUUGUGUCCGCGCUUGUGGGUGCCGGUGGAAAUCUCGGGGCAGUGAUUGCAGGCUUCUGCUUUUACAAGCCGAUCCAGGAUGCCCUGCUGCCUUUCCAGGUCCAUGCGGGCUAUGUAAUGUUUUGGGCGCUGCUGAGCCCCUGCUACUACUGGUCCGAGAUGGGUGGAAUGUUCCAUGGUCCGGCACAGAGCUUCGAGAAGGGCAAGACCCAAAGCAGCGAGUCCGAGUCUUACACGGAGUCCGAGGCCACCAGCGAGAACUGCAUGUGA